GAUAGACCCCGCGUUGCUGCCGGCGCUGCAGCCUCCGGUCCGUGGCAGUCCGGCUCCUCUGCUCGCCGCGCAAAUGGCCCAGCCGGACGGGGAGGCGCUGCCCGGUGCCCUGGAGAAGGAUGAGGCGCGCUCCGGCGCCAGCACGCCGUCCACGCCAUCUGUCUGCUCCCCACCGUCUUCAGCAUCCUCGUCCCUCCCGUCGGGGGCCAAGAACAUCUGCUCCAGCUGCGGCCUGGAGAUCUUGGACCGGUAUCUGCUCAAGGUGAACAACCUUACCUGGCACGUCCGCUGCCUCGAAUGCUCCGUGUGCCGAACCUCCCUUCGCCAGCAGAACAGCUGCUACGUGAAGAACAAAGAGAUCUUCUGCAAGAUGGACUACUUCAGUCGGUUUGGUACAAAAUGUGCUCGUUGUGGGAGGCAAAUCUAUGCCAGCGAUUGGGUCAGGAGAGCUCGUGGCAAUGCCUAUCAUCUUGCCUGCUUUGCAUGCUUUUCCUGCAAAAGGCAGCUGUCAACUGGAGAAGAGUUUGGCCUGGUAGAAGAGAAAGUCUUAUGCCGAAUUCACUAUGAUACCAUGAUAGAGAACCUGAAGCGUGCAGCGGAGAAUGGAAAUGGCAUCACAUUGGAAGGGGCAGUCCCAUCUGAGCAAGACAGUCAGCCAAAGCCAGCCAAGAGGGCACGGACAUCCUUUACAGCAGAGCAGCUGCAGGUCAUGCAAGCACAGUUUGCUCAGGAUAACAACCCAGAUGCUCAGACCCUUCAGAAGCUGGCAGACAUGACAGGCUUGAGCAGGAGGGUUAUUCAGGUUUGGUUUCAGAACUGCAGAGCACGGCAUAAAAAGCAUACACCGCAACACACGGUGCCCCCUUCUGGAGCCUCCCAGUCCCGCAUCCCUUCAGCGCUGUCUGACGAUAUCCACUAUUCCCCCUUCAGCAGUCCUGAGAGGGCCAGGAUGGUGACGCUCCACAGCUACAUAGAAAGUCAGGUACAGUGUGGACAAAUGCACUGCCGGCUCCCUUACGCUGCCCCCCCUGUGCACCUCAAAGCUGACAUGGAAGGACCACUAUCCAGUAGAGGGGAGAAGGUCAUCCUCUUUCAGUACUGACUGCAAGCGCACUUCCUGAUCUCCUGGGAAUGCUUGUGGUGGCACUUCUGCUCAGACACAUGCCCUUCAAUCUACGGCAACCAUGGGCUGUCAAGCUCUGGCAAUCCAUCCCUUCUGUUCUUGGCCCCUUCUACUGAUUUGGAAUCUCAGUCCCAACCAAUCUGGCAUCUCUGACAGCUUCAGGUGCUACCAUCUGCUGGACACCUGGUCCUUGUGGACUUGUUGGCUGGAGAAGACUCCAGGGCAGCGCCCUCUCCACAUGAAGCAAUCUAACAAGCAACUCAUGCUACUGCUCCUAGAACUGAAUGAAGGGGGAGUAUUGAAACCUAAACAGAGGAUGUGUUUGUCUACAAGCAGCUAACCAUGUCAAGGAAAUAAUCCGAAGCAUCUGGGCUAAUGUGUUCAUUCUAACAUGUCAAUUGCCAUUGAUGUAAACCUGUGCAAGAAUUCAGUCUACUGACAAGGCUAUUCAGCCUUUAUCUACACUCUUGGAGGCUGAAUUCUUUCUCCUUUGGGGUGGCGGCGGGGUGUCAUCCUAGAAGAGUUUCCACAGCAGGAACCUCAGUUCUUUUUGUCAAGUGCAUUCCAACUGUCCGGUCUUUGUCCCUCUAGGAAAUGUCGGUCUUCAUCUUCUACAGACAGGCAGACAGGGCUUGGGAGUGGUAGUUCUGCUAUGUUUUGCAACCACACACUGACAAUUUGUAUCAAGAAAAUCUAUUCUAGGUGAUCUCAAGUCACUAGAUGUACCUCUAACCCAACCAUCUAGUACAUGGCACAGAGAGAGAUCUUAAUUCCUAGGAGUCAUAAUCACAUUUUAAGGCACCAAGCUCCUGUGUAGAAAUAAAUAAAUACCUUAGUGUCAUCGUUAAAUUUGUGAAGCUAGAGAUGCCUGGGUGCAAAACUGGAAUUUCAGUUAUGAGUCUCUUUAUUUUUAAAAAGUACUUGAUUCUUAUAAGAAAAGCUUUUGCUAUAAGGAGUUGCUGAGUCAGAUCUCUGUAUGUCCCUAUUCAGGCUAGCAGUACCUCUCUGGGGUUUCAGGCUUACCCCAAUACCAUGAGGUGGCUGCUGCAUUCACCAAUGUGUGGGCUGAGCUUAUAUUAGAGUGAUGCUUAUGUUCUCCACUUUCAGAUCCACUUCUUGCUUCUGAGUGGGUUAUCCUGAAAAAAAAAUUGCAUUCCCACAGCUGCAGUUCCAUGACCAAAUUCAUGAGUUGAGUACCUUCAUGCUACUUUUGUUGAGGUUAGUGAUUUCUUAGCCUCCUUUCUUGAGGGCUGUUUCUUGCUGAGUCAAAGGGAGAAGAGUCGUUUCCUUAGUCGCUGAGGUUCGUCAUUGUUUUGGCUGCAGUAGAUCUUCAUGGUAUAGGCUCUCUCUGGUCUUUGUGACCUGGAGUGAGGCCAGCAUGAACAGGCUUGCUGCAGGGAAAGCGGUGUUGCCCAGGUAAUAAAGUCCCUGCUUGUCUUUAAUGUCUAGUCUUUCCAAUACUGUGCCACGGUGCUGUUUGGAUUUGCCCAGAGCAGUGGCAUCCAUGACACACUCAGGUCUGUGAUCCUCAGAGACGCUAGUGUGCUGUAGGGAAGCACGGAGGGGGCAGUCUGUCUUUUGCUCUUAGUAGCAUGUCAUUUGGGAGAAGCUCUUGUAUCUUUAAACCACAGUGUGAGAAGCAAACUGCCUGAUGUCUUUAUCAUUAGCGCUCAGUAACACAGAUUGUGAUGGGAAUUUUUUUAAAAACUCCAUUACAGACCCUGAUCAGGCUGGUAUGUGGUGCAGUAUACCUAGUGAGGAAAUAGCUAGGACUGGCUUGAGAAUUUUGGCCAAGUUUAGCCCCAAUGACUUUGCAAAACUGAAGAUAAUUCAUUAUUGAAUGGCUGAUAUAUGUGGAAAAUACAAAAGUGUACUGAGAAUGCAAAACAUCUCAUUAACUUCUUUCAUUCAGCAAUUUUGUCAUUCAAUGUAUUUCACUCUGACUGAUGGCACUGAACAGAAUUCUUAUCUCAGGUCAUCUUCUAUCUUUUUUCUUUUAAGUUUGAACAAAGAUGCUCUUCACACUCUUCUUGUUUGCGAACUGAUUACCCAAAGGAGCCUGUAAGGCACAAAAGCAGAUUAUGCCACAAACCAAGGUUCUGGGGUGCGUAUAGUACCUUUGGGCAUGUAUAGAAUUCCAUGCAAGAAGGGGCUUUUCCAUUACAUUUCAGCAUCACUGAACACAUUGUCAACUGCAUGGGCAUGCCCUUUCUCAUAUGCAGAUUACUGUGUGCAUCACAAUCCCAUUGCAGCUAUAAAUAAUUUUAUAAAAUCCUCCAAUGGAUUUUAGCAAUGCUAAUCCAGACUGUACUCCUACAACCAAGAUUUUGGGCUAAAAUUCAGCUCAAAAUCUUCCAGUGGUCAAGAAAUGGAAUAAUCUGAAAUACGAUUUGUAAAACAUCAUGAAUUUCUUCUUUCCCAACUGUACUGAGGAAAUCCCAAAUGGCUUAGCUAACAACCUGCUCCUUUAGACUUGUCACACCAGCAAAUAAUGGCUUAGUAUGAGUAAUCCACGCAAUGGCAAAAUUUGCCACUUGACACCGAACUCAACUUAAUGAAAAAAAUCUGUUUUGUAUUUUCUUUCCUAAGCCCAAGUUUCUAGUCCUUGAGGAAACAGUGAAAUCUGGGGAGAUCUCCAAUGGCACAGUGGGUAUUAAGGCUUUCCACUGGCUAGGGAGCAAGGCUUCAGUAAUCUGCACAACUCUCAAAAACAGAAUGAAUCAUGCAGAUGUGCUUGAUUGGCAUAAUGUAUAUAGGUUGCAGGGUCUUGAUGGGGUUCUGGAAGCCUUGUCCCUCCUCUCCCUUUUAGCUUGGAUUAGCACUGUACUCUGGAACAUGGAACAUCUCCAAGCCUGGUAUAAGAGAGCAGAGGUGGCAGUUUUACACAGCCAGGCGUCGCAAGGCAAGGCCAGCUGUAGACACUUAACCAAGUUGUCUUGAAAAAGAGCAGAUUGUUUUGUUUGUAGCAUGUUGCGAUAGUGCAUGUCUUGGCUACAGUGGCUAAAAAUACCCUUCUGGAGAGCAGGCAGUCAAGACGGAUAUUUAUUUAAAAUGAGAGAGGGAAAAGAAAUUAAACUGUAAAGCACUUUUUUUUGUAAAACCAAUGUCUGUUUUGUUACCUACUUUUAACUGUUGUGCUUUGUAAAUGUCUUAUUUGUGUAAUAAAUAAAGUCAACGCAAGUCAAAGUGCUG